GCAAGCAAAUUUCCUUUGACACAGAUGCUGAACUGACCGUUACCUGAGAACUCCACACAAAAGACAUGAAAUAUUGUGUUCUCCUUAUGAUGCAUCUACUGAUGGUGCAACUUCCUCAGUUUCUCAACUCAAUAAAUGAAAACGAGGAUAGAGCAGUUGUCACAAACCGUUUAGAGAGGCUAAGAAACAGAGCCAGUUACACUGCCAGAAGCUGUAAGGAAAUAAGGGACAGAUUUGAACAACAUGAAGAUGGAAUAUACUACCUGUCCACAGCCAGUGGGACUGUCUACCAGACCUUCUGUGACAUGACCACUGCUGGUGGCGGCUGGACACUUGUAGCCAGCGUGCAUGAGAACAACAUGUAUGGGAAAUGCACACUGGGUGAUCGUUGGUCCAGCCAGCAAGGCAGCAACCCCAACGUGCCGGACGGAGAUGGGAACUGGGCCAACAUGGCCACUUUUGGUAGAGCAGAGGGCGCCACUUCAGACGACUACAAGAAUCCCGGGUAUUAUGACAUUGUAGCAGAAGACAUGUCGGUGUGGCAUGUCCCCAACCACACCCCUAUGGAUCACUGGAACAUAGCUGCCAUCCUCCGCUACCACACUGAAAGACGCUUCCUCACCGUUCAUGGGGGAAAUCUGUAUCAGCUCUUUAAAGUCUACCCAGUGAGAAAUAAUGUCGGGGUAUGUGGCAACACUGGACCUUCCAUUCCAAUCGUGUACGACUUUGGGGACAAAGAAACUACCAGACUAUUUUAUGGACCGCUUCCAAGAAAACAGUUUGAGCCUGGCUUUGUUACUUUCAGGCCAGUAAAUAAUGAAGGUGCCGCCAUGGCUAUCUGCUCUGGGGUCAAACCAACAUUGAGCAAUCGCUGUGACGCUGAACAUUACUGCAUCGGUGGUAGUGGACACUUCCCUGAGCAGGCCCCUCGUCAGUGUGGUGACUUCCCGGGAUUUGACUGGAGUGGCUAUGGGUCCAAUGUAGAAUGGAGUGCAUCGAAAGAGAUUACUGAAGCAGCUGUAUUACUCUUCUACCGUUAAUAGUAUUCCUGUUUGGAAUAAUUAGUUUAUUAUAUAGAUAAAGCUAAUAACAGAACUAUGUUCUAUGUUUGUUUAAUCUAUAAGAUCACUGUGGUAAAAUUGACCCAUUUUAUGGAAAAUAGAGGUAUUGUUUUAUAAUUGUGAAUGUGAGUGAUGAUUAAAGACUACUCCCAAAGACAUUGAUAGCAGUCUUAUUUUUAUGUUGUAUUUGUCACAUGCUUAAUUUAAUUGGCAAUGUAUAUUAUUUAUUAUUCUCAAUGUGGAAGCUAGGUGAAUAGCAGUAGCAGCACUUUGCCUUCAAAUCAAUCCUCACAAAUCCAUUGAGGUGAAGUAAUGUUUUAUAAUGGACAUUUUUGCAAUCAAGACAUUUCCAAGGGUUUUUGCUUGCACCAGUCGGUGCGCUUGAGGAGGAGAUGGUCCUGUCCGGUUUCUGUUGUCCAAUAGAAUCUGCUUCUGAAUGUGGCAAAAAUAAUUUCUCUGUGAAUAAAUCCUAUGAAACACA